AUGAGCCGUCGGUAUUUGAAUGUGGUCGUUCAGGAAUUCAGGAGCCGUCUAUAUUCCCUCCACCGCAUCGAUCUCAGCAAGGACCUCUUCUACAGAGACUCGCAAGUCGCGCGACAAGCAGCUCGAGACGCAAGCGGGAGCAAGAAUAACCGACGAGCGAUCAAGGGCGGCUGGAAGAACUUGCCUCCGCCGGCGAUCAGUUUCCAGCCGGCGCCCAGCUCCCUACACUCUAGGAUGCCAUAUUCCUUCUCUCUACUGGGAGGAGAGAACAACAUUCUCUAUGUUGACCCUCGAUGUCGGGCCGCGCUGUACAGCGUCCACUCGAAUUUCUUCGAGUUCAUCCCUUCUCCUAGCGUAUGCAAGACGCCGGAAGCCAUCUCCCUUCCCAUAACCCAAGCUGAUCCCGUUGGACCCGUAAAAGUUCAGUCUCAGUACAUCUUGGACCUAUCCGACACCAGAAGCUCCUUUGAGGUCCUCUCGCACCACAACAAGGAGGGGUGGCGCUGGGACCUUCUACCGCCACCGCCAUUCGCAGAACCCGACACUUGUUCUUCUUACGCGGUGGUUAACGGCUCUGUCAUAUGCAUAUCGCCGUUUGUGGAAGACGAGGGGUUAGGUACCUACACCUUCGACACGCUUGCCAGUACCUGGAGACGAACCGCCGACUGGGCGCUGCCCUUCUUCGGCAAGGCCGAGUAUGUCCCCGAGCUCGGUCUCUGGUUUGGUCUCUCGGCCCGCAACCCCUGCUCCAGCUUAUGUGCUUUCGACCUCUCUGCUGCCAUGGACCCCUCCACGCAUCAUCCACCAGUGCCGCUGCAUACAUGGGACUACCUUGAUCUGCCUCGGGAUAAGAAGUGGUUGCCAACCCACCUGCAACUGCUGAACCUUGGCUUGGGCAAGUUUUGUGUUGCUACCUUAUUCGGCACCUUGUUGCGCACCUGCUCACACUCCAUUUCAGACGAGGAGGACAUGUUGGAUGACGAGGAGCAUGCUGUCUUCACUGGCCUCGAGGUGAAGCGCGGCAAUGAUGGUGAUGGUCCACUCCAGUUGAUCAGGCACAUGUCCAAACGUUAUGCCGCCGUUGGAAGCUGCAACAUCCAUUGUGUGCUCUGA